AUGAAAGACCAAGAAACUCCAGAAAACAAGAACUUGCUGAAGUGCCGUGAACAGUUGUAUCGAAUGAUGAUAAGUCAACUUUUCUACGACGGACAUCAUGCUGUUGCGGUAGAGCUGACCAAUUUGGUACGGGCAGAUCCUCCCUGUCCACCGAGCGAUCGGCUGAUGAACAUUUUCAAACAGGCCAAUCAAAUUGAACAAUCGAAGGAAAGUAAUCUGUUCGAUGAUUUGCCCUGCGGGUUGGAUCUGGAGUUUGAAACGGAAGGUUCUACACUGGCACCGGAACCGGCAUCCUAUGAGACGGCUUAUGUAACAUCCCAUAAGCAAGCGUGCCGUGCGGGUUGUUUCAGCGGAGAUGGCCAGCUUGUGGCCACCGGCAGCAUGGAUGCUAGUAUAAAAAUACUCGACGUUGAUCGUAUGCUUGCCAAGUCUGCACCGGAGGACAUGGAACCGGGUCGCGAACAGCAUGCUCACCCUGUCAUCCGAACGCUGUACGAUCACACAGACGAAGUAACGUAUCUGGAGUUUCAUCCGAGGGACCCAAUUCUUGCUUCCGCGUCACGCGAUCACACCGUGAAGUUGUUCGACAUUUCGAAAGCGUCAGUUAAAAAAGCCCACAAGGUACUGAGUGACUGUGUGCCGGUCCGAUGCAUAGCGUUUCAUCCGACAGGCGAUUACAUGGCCGUCGGGACGGAUCACAACGUUUUGCGAGUGUACGAUAUACAUACGUCGCAAUGUUUCGUGAGCGCAAUUCCAUCCCAACAGCACAACAGUGGAAUUACGUGCGUUCGUUACGCGACCUCAGCGAAGGUGUACGCAACUGGCAGCUUGGAUGGUUCGAUAAAGCUCUGGGACGGCGUCAGUGGUCGCUGUAUCAAUACAUUCGCGCAGGCUCAUGAUGGAGCGGAAAUAUGCUCGGUUGUUUUUACAAAAAAUGGCAAAUACUUACUAUCAUCGGGACAGGACUCGCUGGUUAAACUGUGGGAACUGAGCACAAGCCGCUGUUUGAUUGCGUAUACCGGAGCGGGAACAACCGGUAAGCAGGAACACCAAACACAGGCCAUCUUCAACCACACCGAAGACUAUGUUCUCUUUCCGGACGAGGCAACCACUUCGUUGUGUGCAUGGAACUCGCGGAAUGCAUCCCGUUGUCAUCUGAUGUCCCUGGGUCACAAUGGAGCAGUGAGGCACAUUGUUCAUUCGCCUACUCAGUCCGCAUUUCUCACCUGUUCGGACGAUUAUCGUGCGCGUUUCUGGGUACGACGUACGACUGCUCAUUAA